AACAAUUACAACACCAAAUUUCAUUUGCAUUCAAAUAGGUUUCAAAAUGCAAAGGUCUUCUAGAUUAAGACGUGAAAUUGAACAGCUUAACAAAACUCCUGUAGAUGGCAUUUCUUGUUAUUCAAAAUCUGAUGAUUUGGAAAAUUUUCUUGCAACAAUCAUUGGACCAAAAGGAAGUCCAUAUAGUGGAUGCAUUUUUCAGCUAUCAAUAGACAUUCCUAAACAAUAUCCAUUUGAACCUCCAAGAAUUACUUUUCAAACACCUAUUUAUCAUCCAAAUAUAGAUAAUAAAGGUCGUAUUUGUAUGGAUCUUUUAAAUAUGCCACCUAAAGGUAGCUGGAAACCAACUAUUGGCUUGAAAAAUCUUUUGGAUGCUGUACAAUGUUUAUUAGGAAAUCCAAACCCUGAUGACCCUUUAAUGGCAGACAUUGCACAAGAAUAUAAAUUUAACAAGUUGGAAUUUGAAAGAAAAGCAAAAAAAUUUAUGGAAGAAGCUAAA